AUGGCGCCCAGUCAAACCACAAGGAAGGAGGAUCCAAAAAAUCAGGAGGAGGGUCCUCCAGACCUCAGCAACUAUCAAGACAUCAUUGACCCGGCGACGUUCGAGCAGAUCCUGGAGAUGGAUGACGACGAAGACGAACGAGACUUCAGUCAGGGGAUUGUCUAUGGUUUCUUUGAGCAGGCAGAGGCAACAUUUGAAAAGAUGGAAAAUGCAUUGUCCAAGGGAGACUUUGAUGAUCUUUCUCAGCUCGGUCAUUUCCUGAAAGGCUCAUCCGCAACUCUGGGUCUGACAAAAGUGAAAGACGCAUGCGAAAAGAUUCAACACUGCAAAGAGGAAUUGCCCAAGGACAAUGAAGCCGAAAGAGAAAAGGCCAUUGAGGGAAUCAAGAAAACCCUGAAGGAGGUUCAAGUUGAUUACAAGGAGGUUGCUAAUGUACUGCGACGAUUCUUUGGCGAGGAACUUCCAGAUCCUACUACAACCAAGACGACUGAAACGACCACAACAGAGACUAAGAAACCUGAAAGCCCCAAAGCGGAGAAGAAGUGA